CAGUAUGUCUAUGAAGACGGAGUGGUGAACAGCGAUAGGUUGUCCUUACCAUGGCCUUUACUCAGCCCCUGGCAGAAAUCAGGGGCCACCUCCGAAUCCGCAGCCUCCUGGCUCGACAGUGCCUGGCAGAGUUUCUGGGUGUGUUUGUGCUCAUGCUCCUGACCCAAGGAGCUGUGGCCCAGGCUGUCACCAGUGGAGAAACCAAAGGCAACUUCUUCACCAUGUUUCUGGCCGGCUCUCUGGCCGUUACGAUAGCCAUCUAUGUGGGCGGCAAUGUCUCAGGAGCCCAUCUGAAUCCAGCCUUCUCCCUGGCCAUGUGCCUCCUGGGCCGCUUCCCAUGGGCCAACCUCCCCAUUUACUGCCUGGUGCAGCUGCUGUCUGCUUUCUGUGCUUCUGGAGCCACCUAUGUCCUCUACUACGAUGCCCUACAGAACUACACAGGUGGGAACCUGACAGUGACCGGCCCUAAGGAGACAGCUUCCAUCUUUGCCACCUAUCCUGCUCCUUAUCUGUCUCUGAACAAUGGCUUCCUGGAUCAGGUUGUCGGCACCGGGAUGCUGAUUGUGGGGAUCCUGGCCAUCGUGGACAGGCGGAACAAGGGGGUCCCUGCGGGUCUGGAGCCCGUGGUGGUGGGGCUGCUGAUCUUGGUCAUCGGACUAUCCAUGGGUGCCAACUGCGGGUUCCCACUCAACCCUGCCCGGGACCUAGGCCCACGGCUCUUCACCUACGUGGCUGGCUGGGGUCCCGAAGUCUUCAGUGCUGGUAAUGGCUGGUGGUGGGUGCCUGUGGUGGCCCCUCUGGUAGGGGCCAUCCUUGGCACAGCCACAUACCAGCUGCUGGUGGCUCUGCACCACCCUGAGGACUCAGAGCUGGCUCAGGAUCUGGAGUCUGCCCAACACAAAGUCUCAGACUUGGAAACUCAUGCAGUGCAGACGCUGGAGUGUAAACUAUGAUAGGAUGGCCAUCACUUCACUCACGGACACUGGAGAGAGCCACCGACCCUGCCUGGGAGCAAGACAGAUAUUCUUUCUCUUU